GGGACGAGGCGUGGCAUAUCUUACUAAGAUUGAAUUUCCAUUCUACUGCGAAACAUUGUAUUAUCAUCUUUUAUUUCCUGAAUCUUUUUGAUAUCCGAGCUUGGCGUGGGACACACGAUACCCUCGCUAUGCCUUGCUAUUCAGUAUAUAAUGUUAAAGACAACCCUGCACUAUUCUACUAUCUCUUGAACGCUUGCAUGACAACAAUGCGACAAACAGCAGUAGAAAACUCGCAGAACCAAACCUUAACCCUCGAGAAGCAGCAAAAAGUAGAGGAAGAGUGAUAGUGAUUUUAUAGGUUCGUAAGCCAUUCGUCAUGUCGUGUGACGGGACACGCACUAACUUUCAUGAUGUAGAGGAGAUCCAAUCGUUUCGAUCACCUGGGCGGCGCAGGUGUUCUUGUUCACGCGAGAAAAGGGUGCGCAGGGAAACAGUUUGCCCGUGGUAGUUGCGGUGGCGGUGGUAGAAGCCCCGGCGGUGCUGGUGGUGGUGAUCUUGUGUGUUGCUGAAUCACCAGGAGUCGUGACAUGGAUUAUGACAUUGGUGCUGGUGGUGCGGUGGCCAGGCUUACAAGGCUGGCUUGUCACGGGGUGUUAUGUGCUGCUGGCAAUGCUUCGCAGGACCAUGACAGGCCUGCCAGGAAAAAUUCUCAGUAAUCGUGUCAAUGGGUAAACUGAAGUUGGAUAAUAGUAACAACUCAGCCUAAAUUACUCUCCAUGCAAGUGAAGGUGCCAACAAAACUGUCACGUGACGAGGAAACAUGAGGCGGACACAGUGCAAAGGACAUGUAUAUUAAAUACACACACACGCAAACAAAUGCAUACAGAUUCACACAUCUGCACAUGUUGUAAUAGGUAAUAGGUAAUGUUGUUAGGGUGUGACUGCAAUGCAGUGACACGUUUAAUUAACACACACACACACACACACACACACACACACACACACACACACACACACACACACAGACAGACAGACACACAUUACCAUCUGCACACAUGUUCCAUAAGCAAGAUCAAUGAUGCACAGGUGCUUUGUACUUUGUGUGUAUUUUCGCUUUUUCUUCCUUGCAUGUGUGUAUGUAUGUAUUUAUGCAUGCACUGUUUAUAUAUGUAUGUAUGUAUGUAUGUAUGUAUGUAUGUAUGUAUGUAUGUAUAUAUGUAUGUAUGUAUGUAUUUAUAACAAAGGACGUCACUGUUAUAAUUACUACACAUCCUUCUCAUUUUUAUUAUCCCACAGCCCUCACGUGUCUCCAGCAAGACGAGGCCACGUCCCCACCCUCCUCCACUCGUCCCUGCCAGCUGCCCGUCCACUCCACGCCACCCUAUCACACCUCUUGUCUGGAGAAGAGAUCACUUCUAUUAUUUCUAUUGAUUCAUUUUCAGAAAUUCAGAGGAAAACUAAUUUGACGGUUAACUUUGUAAGCAGCUGGUAUUUAUUUAUUUAUUUAUUUUUCAGGUGACUUACUGAUUGACUGACUGACUGACUGACUGACUGACUGACUGACUGCUGAUUACGAUAACAUGUUAAUAUCUUUACAUUUAUAAUCCGUUAUCACUGUUACUGAUUUCACCUCGUCCAUAUACGUAUUGCAGCUUCCUUCCAGACAGAACAAUACUGCAGUCACCCAGCGCCUACAGAGUGUUAUGAGUGAAUUGUGUCUUCAUUAGGGGCUUCAGGAAACGUACAUUUGUAAACUGACAAUCUGAUGUCCUUGAGUGACGAGUAUCUCCAUUUGGGGCUGAGCAGGCGAAAAAAUAUCAACUGGCUAACUGAUGCCUUUAAGUGUCUUGUAUCUCCAUUAGGGGCAUAAGCAAGCGUGGAAUUAUCAUCUGACUACCUGACGUCAUUACAGAUAACGUACCAGACGCACCAAGGCAGCCUCACGCAUCUCCAGACCCACCUAAGGGGACUGUAACAGAAGGAGUGACAAAGAGCACCGCCACCACCACUACCACCAUGCGUCCCCUCGCCGAGACAGAGGAGGAGGAAGAAGAGGAAUGCAAAUCCAAACGAGCGAAAUGUGAGUGUGGUAAGAUGCCAAUCACAGUGACGGGGUUGAGGAUUAUAAAUGGGGAGGACGCGUCACCUGGGGAGUUUCCUUACCAUGUGAUGGUGCUGACUAUGACAGGUAACCGCAUGAACACCUGCGGCGGCUCUAUCAUCAAAAAGCAAUGGGUGCUGACCGCCGCGCACUGCUUCUACGGGAAGGACAAAAUCCGAGCCUCCAGCGUGACAGUGAUGGGAGGUUCAAUCUUCAGGGACAAGAUCUACGAGCUUCACUCUGAUCGCGUCUUUCACCACGAAGAUUUCAGGUCCCCCUCUCAAGGAGAUGACGUUGCUCUCAUACAUUUGUCAGAGGAAAUAGACUUCGCCCAGAACCCCAAGCUGAAGCCUAUUUGCCUGGGGAGGAUGCGUGACAUCCCCUACGGCGGCAUGGUUGUGGCCACCGGUUGGGGCAAGGUGAUUGGCAAGGAGACUAUGACGAACACACUGCAGGAGGUGGCCCUGGACGUGAUCUCCACCAGGGAGUGCGCGUCAUUGAUGGAGUCACGGCUGCCCAAUGACACCAACAAGAUCAUGUGCGCUAUGACCCCCAAUAAGGACACCUGUCAGGGUGACAGCGGUGGUCCUUUGGUGGCUCAGAUGUCAGACGGCCGCUGGGCACAGGUUGGCAUCACCAGCUACGGUCUCGGCUGCAGCCUCCCAGACAAACCCGGAGUGUACGUGAACGUGGCCCAUUACCUACCCUGGAUCAUGGAGAAAACCGGGGCCUGCACGUGCUGAUGUAUUGAGCUGCUCGGCUUAUAAGUACCAUAUACUAAGCUGUUGGAAUGUCUUCUUAACUGGCGCCUUCAGUGGAUCUUUUACAGAUCUAUUGUCCUUGGCCAGAGCUCUUCUAUAUUCCUGAACGCUUUGCUCUUUUAUCACUACUAUUUUCAAAGGCCACUGAUAUGAUUAGCCAGGUUCUCAUGGGUAUUUUUUUUUUCUUAUUGAUAUUGUAAAAGCCUUACUACUCUAAUCAGAAUCAUGAAAAAAAAAAAAACAUCUCCGAAAAUCGGCAUAACUUCAACUAAAGCCUUUUGAAAUUAGUCGAGAUGCAUUACCGAAGUGUUUCAGAAUACAGAGCAGAAAAUCGUAUAAGUCAUUCCGUCUUUUCCCCGACUGCUUGCUCUCCUUCCCUUCUGACUCCAUUGGGGUCACUUUCUAUGGACUCCCUUCGCUACAUAAUUACCUAUCUAAUGUUCGUAAUGUAGGUUAAUGUUUGUAAGAAAAUAAUAUACGUACGGAGUUUUAAC